AUGGCUACCGAAACAUUUGAAGAUAUCAAGCUAGAGGACAUUCCCGUCGAUGACAUUGACUUUUCCGAUUUAGAAGAACAGUUCGAAGUUACUGAAGAAUUCAAUUUCGAUCAAUACAUCGUGGUCAAUGGUGCCCCAGUCAUUCCGUCUUCCAAAGUUCCUGUUUUGAAGAAGGCGUUGAACUCUUUGUUCUCCAAGGCUGGUAAAGUUGUCGACAUGGACUUCCCAAUUGAUGAAGCCACCGGUAAAACCAAAGGCUUUCUUUUCGUGGAAUGUGGAUCUGUUAACGACGCCAAGAAAAUUAUUAAGAGUUUCCAUGGUAAAAGAUUAGACUUAAAACAUCGUUUGUUCCUCUACACCAUGAAGGAUGUUGAAAGAUAUAACUCCGACGAUUUCGAAACGGAAUUCAAAGAACCUGAAAUGCCAUCUUUCGUCCCAUCAAGCUCUUUGAAAUCCUGGUUGUUGGAUGACAAGGUCAGAGACCAAUUCGUAUUGCAAGAUGAUGUCAAAACAAGUGUUUUCUGGAACUCCAUGUUCAAUGAAGAGGAUUCCUUAGUCGAAUCUAGAGAAAAUUGGUCUACCAACUACGUUAGAUUUUCUCCAAAGGGUACCUAUUUAUUUUCUUACCACCAACAAGGUGUCACUGCAUGGGGUGGUCCAAAUUUUGACCGUUUGAGAAGAUUUUAUCAUCCAGACGUAAGAAACUCCUCUGUUUCUCCAAACGAAAAGUACCUGGUCACUUUCUCCACUGACCCAAUUAUGGUUGAAGAAGGAAACGAAUUCUCUCCAUUUACUAAGAAAAAUGAAGGUCAUCAACUAUGUAUCUGGGAUAUUGCAACCGGUUUGUUGAUGGCAACUUUCCCAGUGAUCCAGAGCGAAUAUUUGAAAUGGCCUUUGGUCAGAUGGUCUUAUAAUGAUAAGUACUGUGCCCGUAUGGUCGGAGACAGCUUAAUUGUACAUGACGCUACCAAGAACUUCAUGCCAUUAGAAGCCAAGGCUUUGAAAACCACCGGUAUUAGAGAUUUUUCUUUUGCUCCAGAAGGUGUUAAAUUACAACCGUUUAGAAACGGUGAUGAGCCUUCCGUUUUGUUGGCCUACUGGACGCCCGAAACCAACAACUCCGCUUGUACUGCCACUAUUGUUGAAGUUCCUCGUGGUAGAGUCUUAAAGACCGUUAAUUUGGUUCAAGUCUCUAACGUUACUUUGCACUGGCAAAACCAAGCCGAGUUCCUGUGCUUCAAUGUGGAACGUCAUACUAAAUCUGGUAAGACCCAAUUCAGUAACUUACAAAUUUGUAGACUAACUGAAAGAGAUAUUCCAGUUGAAAAGGUUGAAUUGAAGGAUAGUGUAUUUGAAUUUGCUUGGGAGCCUCGUGGAAACAGAUUUGUCACAAUUUCUAUUCACGAAGUCGUUGAUAUGAAUUAUGCCAUUCCAGCAAACACAAUUAGAUUCUACGCUCCAGAAGCUAAAGAAAAAACUGCCAAGAACGUUAUCAAGAGGUGGGACUUGGUUAAAGAAGUUCCAAAAACUUUUGCUAAUACUAUUUCUUGGUCCCCAGCUGGUAGAUUCGUUGUCGUUGGUGCUUUGGUCGGACCAAAUAUGCGUAGAUCUGACUUACAAUUCUACGAUAUGGACUACCCAGGUGAAAAGAACAUCAAUGACAACGACGAUGUUUCUGCUUCUUUGAAGGACGUCGGCCACCCCACCUACUCUGCAGCCACCAACAUCACUUGGGACCCAUCCGGUAGAUAUGUUACCGCUUGGUCUAGUUCUUUAAAGCACAAGGUCGAACAUGGUUACAAAAUUUUCAACGUUGCUGGUAACAUGGUCAAAGAAGAUGUCAUCGGCGGGUUUAAGAACUUCGCUUGGAGACCCAGACCAGUUUCUAUCUUGCCUAAUUCCGAAAAGAAGAAGGUUAGAAAGAACUUGAGAGAAUGGUCAGCCCAAUUCGAAGAACAAGAUGCAAUGGAAGCUGACACUGCUAUGAGAGAUUUGAUCUUGCACCAACGUGAAUUAUUGAAACAAUGGAACGAAUAUAGAGAAAAGAUUGGACAAGAAAUGGAAAAAUCCAUGAACUUUAAGAUCUUUGACAUCCAACCAGAAAACGCCAGUGAUGAUUUCAUCACUAUCGAGGAAAUUGUUGAAGAAGUCAUUGAGGAAACCAAAGAAAAGGUCGAAUAG